GAAAAAAUAAACAGAAAAAACAAACCGUAUGAAAAUGCAAGACCCACACAACACACCUUCAGAGAACCAUUGCAAGAGAAGCAAAAGAGAAAGCAGAGAGAAAAAAGUGGAGGAUUGUUGAAGAGAGAGUCUCGUGAUUUGAGAAGGCCACAAAUCUCCGAAAUAAAAGCUUCAAAUUUCGGUCACAAUUUAAAGAAAAAGGGGAUUUAUUUAAAAACUUUUUUAAAUAAAAGAACAGAACUUGGGGUGUGGCAAAGCAGAGAAAGAAGAAGAAGAAGAAGAAUCAUUUGGGUGUGUUUUUGAAGUGAAAGGUGAUGUCGUGUUCUUCUUCAUCUGGGUCUGAAGAGGAGGAUGAGGGGUUCGACUCUUACCGGAAAGGAGGGUACCACGCCGUCAGAGUCGCCGAUCAGUUCGCCGGCGGCAGGUACAUAGCGCAGAGGAAGCUCGGUUGGGGUCAGUUUUCAACAGUUUGGCUUGCCUAUGAUACUACUACAUCUGCAUAUGUUGCUCUCAAGAUCCAGAAAAGUGCUGCCCAGUUUGUUCAGGCCGCCCUUCAUGAAAUUGAUGUUCUUUCAUCCCUUGCUGAUGGUGUCGAUAUGGAUUCAAAAUGUGUUGUCCAUUUGAUUGAUCACUUUAAGCACACAGGUCCUAAUGGUCAGCACCUUUGCAUGGUGCUUGAGUUUCUUGGGGAUAGUUUGCUUCGUCUAAUCAAAUAUAACCGGUAUAAAGGCCUUCCUUUGGAUAAAGUUAGGGAGAUUUGCAAGUGCAUUUUGAUCGGUUUGGAUUAUUUACAUAGAGAACAUGGCAUUAUCCACUCAGACCUAAAACCAGAAAAUGUUCUUCUGGUUUCUACCAUUGAUCCUGCCAAAGACCCUGUUAGAUCUGGACUCACCCCAAUAUUAGAGAGGCCUGAGGGAAACAUAAAUGGUGGUGGAGUUACUAGUCUUAUUGAGAAAAAGUUGAAAAGAAGAGCUAGGAGGGCAGUUGCAAAAAUAUCUGGGAGAAGUUCUCCAAUAGGAGGAAUUGAAGCUCCAAAGUCUGACAGAAAUCUUGAUGGGAUUGAUGUGAGAUGCAAGGUGGUAGAUUUUGGAAAUGCUUGUUGGGCUGAUAAGCAGUUUGCAGAAGAAAUUCAAACAAGACAGUACAGAGCUCCUGAAGUAAUACUGCAGGCCGGUUAUUCCUUUGCUGUUGACAUGUGGUCUUUUGCUUGCAUUGCUUUUGAGCUUGCCACUGGUGAUAUGUUGUUUACUCCCAAGGUUGGACAGGGUUUUAGUGAGGAUGAGGAUCACCUUGCCCUGAUGAUGGAACUCCUUGGAAAGAUGCCCCGGAAGGUUGCUACUUCUGGAGCAAAAUCCAAGGACUUCUUUGACAGACAUGGGGAUCUCAAAAGGAUUCGAAGACUUAAGUUUUGGCCGCUAAGCAAAUUGUUGAUUGAUAGAUAUAAAUUUUCAGAGCGCGAUGCCUGUGAGUUUUCAGAGUUUCUUUUACCACUUCUUGAUUUUGCACCCGAGAAGCGGCCAACAGCACAGCAGUGCCUGCAACUCCCAUGGCUCCAGGGCAUAGAGUCUACACCAAAUGAAAUGAGAAAUGAAUCUAGUGUGGAAAAGGUGGGUGUUGGGAUGAGCAACCUUCAAAUCAAGGUGGGAAAGUGAAGAGAAAAGUAUUUAACAGUCACCCUUCAAGACCCUUCCUUCGCCCUGAAUGACUAUUGAUUGUAAUUUGUUUUUGGUUUAAUCAAAUUUAAUAAGAUUUAUUUUUUUAUUGGAUUAAAUACUACAGGGAUGUAAAUUAGUUAUGAAUUUUGUUUAUCCAGAGAUAUCUGACACAAUUUGUGUGUAUAUUUACCACAUGAUGAUUUAAAGGGAUGAUGGCGUUCAUCAAAAUCAGUUCUAAAGUUCUUCUCCCCGACGAAUUACUUACAAGUUACAAAAAUGGGUGGAAA